AUUGAUAGAUGGCGCCACAGUUUAUUAUGGUGGCCUUAUUGUCAACAAAUUUAAUAUGUUUUUAGUGCUUGUCACAACUCACAACAUGUUUGUAAUGCUUGUACAAUGAAGGACCUACUAGCUGAAGACAAAGAAAGGCUAACCUUAUUUAGGAGUGUCAUUUCAACUGCGCAGAAGCAUUUAAGUGAUUUGCAAAACGAUGUAAAUCAAAGCAGUAACCAUAGCCUGCAUAGGAAUGAAAAUGAGGUAUUAAACACGGCUCUUGCUAGUGGUCAGGCUACUGUGGAGAAUCCUUCAUGCAUCAGUGGCAGUGUAAUAAAUAAUGUUGGCAAAUUAGAGUGUUCAAAGGAAGAGGAAGAUGUGAAGAACAGACUCAGGGAGCAAGUGAGACAGGAGCUGCUGGACAGCCUGAGACUCACUAACAGUGGCAGGUCUCAGCCGUCACUUCAAGAAUGUUUAAUCUACAGUGACAGGGGAACACAAUGUGAUGUAGUGCCAGUGACAACAUCUCAGCAUGGAUCACUGGAUGAAUAUCAUGACUUGGAAUGCGGUGAUGGUUAUCAAGCAAGGUCGUAUAGGUUCCAGAGAUCGAACAGCGCCCCCUAUCGCACUCCAGUACGGGCUCGCCACAUGCAUGAGGUCGUAGCUACCGAUAAAGUCGGUGUGCCAUGCAGUGAUCACUACGCGCCACCUAGUACACUUAUUCGACAACCUAGUCCCACCUCUGCAAAUCCCUCUCUGUGUUACUCACCACUCCAUCGGCCGACGUGUCAACCUGUGCCAUACUUACAUUCCACACCUAUUUAUCCACAUGGUCAGAAUGGUGCAGGUGACAUUGGCAUGAGGCGUCUGCAGGAUUUCAGAGCUGGAGUGACUUCUGCAACCAGGCCUGGGCACCGGCAACACAGUUAUAAUGAUGCAAGCCCACAUGAGGGCUUCGGGGACCAAAUGCCAGGUUCCCAAGCUGCUGAGGAUGCUGAAAGUUUGUCGUCGUGCACCAGGGCUGUUAUUUCGCAGGGAUUGGCCGGCUCACCCCUUAUGGAUGCAGACUCAAUGCAAAUAGAUGACCUAAGAAAGCAUGUCGAAGCAUUGACAGGCCAGAUGGACAUCCUACACAACACAAAUAGGACGCUGCAAGACAAGUUGGAUAACACAGAGAGAGCUCUAGAGAGCAUGAGGAUACAGUUCAGAUUAUCAGAGCACCAUCUUCACAAAAGCAAUGCUGAUGCAGCAGCAGCAGACGCUGUUGAGAAGAUCUACUGGGCGCAGAAGCAGCGAGACGCAGCCAUGACGGCUAGAAUACAGAUGGCUAAUCAGGAGCGAGAUGCUGCCAUAGCCCGUCUUCAUGCCUUGCAAAUGGAAAAUAAAAGCACCUAUGUAGGAUUGGAGAGCUUGGGUGCAACCGAUCAGACGAUCAGCUCACUGUUGUUGGAGCUGAGCAGAGAUGAGUCAGCAAAGGCUCUUGAGCAUCACGCUGUGGCCAUCUUGGAACGCCUGCGAGCGCACAAGAAAACCCACCGCCAGGUGUCAGCAGAGGAGAUGAGGGUCGUCUUGGAGGAGAGAGAUGCUGCUCUGAGAAAGACGAUCAGCUCACUGUUGUUGGAGCUGAGCAGAGAUGAGUCAGCAAAGGCUCUUGAGCAUCACGCUGUGGCCAUCUUGGAACGCCUGCGAGCGCACAAGAAAACCCACCGCCAGGUGUCAGCAGAGGAGAUGAGGGUCGUCUUGGAGGAGAGAGAUGCUGCUCUGAGAAAGUGCACAUCUCUGGAACGCGAAUUCGACAACCUGGCCAAGGGAGGACAGCCGGGAAAGGUGGAUGGCAAGUGUGUCUACUGUAAAUGCACCAGCUGUGCCCCCAAUGUCCAGAAACAGUUAGAUGUGGCGAGGAGAGAGAGAGAUGACGCUUUGGAGAGAGUUAGACACCUGGAGGAUGAACUAGAAACGGCAAAAAUUCACUACAGCCUGCACAAGUCGCUAUCGAACGAGGCAGGUCUGUGUGAUCAGCUCAACAGCACUCUCAACAGUCUCGGCUCUCAGCUGCGAUAUAAAGACAGCGUAGAGAAGGUGACAGUGAAGGACAACAACCACCUGGUGGCGGCAAUGAGAAGCGCAGCUGCGGCACGCGAGAAGACUGCCAUGCAGCUGGAGAGGGUCACUACGGAGAAGAGCGAGCUGCAGGACAGCUGUGAGAAAUACAAGCGCCUUAUUGCCGUUUUGAGGAAGAAAAUCAAUGGGGGUUCUCCAGCCGUCUAAAGUUAGUAGCAACAGAUGUUAGGAGAGGAUAGAAGUUUCACCACCGACGUCUGGCUAUACGAUGGACAUAAUGGACGCUACCUAAUUUGUUUCUUUCUGGGAAUCGGCUUCUUUCUAGCCUCCAGCUAGUCGACUGGCAGCGAAGAUGUUAAUAGUAUUGAUUAAAAGGAUAUAUGGUCUUCCAUACAUGGUGGCAAACUUUUAGUCGUUUUUUAUACUAGUAUAUUAAAAAUGAUCGAUUAUUUAAAUUAUGCGUAAUUAAUAAUAUAAUGUAAGAAAAAUAUUGGGUCGCUGCAGCACAAUAGCGAUUAAUAAGUCAACAGAAUUGAUUUUGCGACCAGAUGUUAUGUUCUAGUGUGUUGAUAUUUGUUAGCGUAAUUGCACUGUGAAAAAAAUGUUUAAAUAUUUAUUUUAGUUUUAGUAAUAAAUAAUAAUGGCAUAGACA